AUGCCCACAUUAACCCACCCACCUACCCACCUCCCCUCUUCCCUUCUUCUCUUCUGCCGCGCCGCGCCGCCCCACGGGUUUUGCAUAGACGGACAACGGGGGGGGGGGGGGAAGGUUCACGUGUACUUGACACCCCCAACCCAUAACAUGUCAUGCGGAUAA